AUGGAGUUGCUAUGCCUCAGCGUGUUCUUUGCGAGAUUAUGUCUCGGCAAUUUCAUCGAACGCCACAGGUACGAGACGUUUGUGCGUCCCUACGGCGCAACCUCCCCACAAUUCCUGAACGGUAGGAGGGAAAACUCAGCCCAUACGCGUAAGAGGUUCACCACUUGUUGGCAAUCUCAAGCAAUGCUGGAUGCCUUCGUGGCCAAUCGUGGCUGGUAUCGGAUAUCCAUCGGGCCCAUCUUGAUGCCUGCGCAGCCAAUACAGGAUCUAGACUUUGCGCCUGGGCCUACGACUACAGCUAAGGUAUCCUGCGGCACGCACUGUUCGGCUACGCGCAGCAACACACCCACUGCCGCGUGGACCACAAACUGGGGUGUGGCUGCGCUAAGGCUUGACACAUUUGGUGAUUGA